AUGGACGGUCCCCUCCGCCGCACAGCGGGGGGCCUCGGCUCCCCUCCUGCGGCUCCUCCUGGGAUCCAUCCUCCUCCUCCUCCUCCUCCUCCUCCUCCUCCUCCGGGCUCCGACAUGCUCUCCUCCAAGCCUCUCGCCUUCUCCAUCGACCGGAUUAUGGCCCGCACCCCGGAGCCCAGGUCCUCCUCCUCCUCCUCCUCCUCCUCCUCCUCCUCCAUCCUCUCCAUCCCUCUGCACCCCGGCUGGUUCCAGGGGAAACCCGACAUGUGUCCGUCCUCUCUGCACUGCAUGAUCCCUCUGGUGCCGCUCGGGUACGGUGCCGGGCUGGAUCACUUCGACACCUCCUCCCUCCAGACUCCUGCAGAGUUUUUGGGGUUUGGGUUGACCCAGAAGACCCAGCAGGACCAGGAGUCCAUGAGCCAGCAGCCAGGCCAGUACAAGCUCUUCAGACCCCGCGUGGUGAACCAGGCCUCCUUCCCCACCAUGGGCACCGUGUGCUACCUGAACUGCGGAGGAGACUCAGGUGUGUGUGCUCCUCCCCUGGUCAACCUGCACCCCAUGGCCUCCUACCUGCUCAGUGCUCGUCACAAAGCCUUCAUGGUGGAGAAGAGCAAGCAGGAGGCCGGGGAGCAGGCCUUCAAGGAGCUGAGCCAGAGCCAGAUCCAGCACUACAUGAAGGAGAGGGACCAGAUCCUCACUGAGAAGAUCUUCAAGGGCUCUGCGGCCCGGCUGAGCGGCUCCUGUCCCGGCAGCAAACCCAAAGUGUUCACCUGCGAGGUCUGCGGGAAGGUGUUUAACGCGCACUACAACCUCACGCGCCACAUGCCCGUGCACACCGGCGCGCGGCCGUUUGUGUGUAAAGUCUGCGGGAAAGGAUUCAGACAGGCCAGCACACUGUGCAGACACAAGAUCAUACACACUCAGGAAAAACCGCACAAGUGUAACCAGUGCGGGAAAGCCUUCAACCGCAGCUCCACGCUCAACACGCACACACGCAUCCACGCCGGAUACAAACCGUUCGUCUGCGAGUUUUGCGGGAAAGGAUUUCAUCAGAAAGGAAACUACAAGAACCACAAGCUGACGCACAGCGGGGAGAAGCAGUUCAAGUGCUCCAUCUGCAACAAGGCGUUCCACCAGGUGUACAACCUCACCUUCCACAUGCACACGCACAACGACAAGAAGCCCUUCACCUGCCCCACCUGUGGCAAGGGCUUCUGCAGGAACUUUGACCUGAAGAAACACAUCAGGAAGCUGCACGACCUCGCCGGCACGCAGUCGCCCCCGCAGGCCUGA